CAUUUUGGCAACUUUGAACUACAGUAUCAUGCACUAGUUGGAUGUAUGGACACUCUCAACAUGUUCUACUCUUGAGUUAUUCAUUCGUUGAGCAUGAUAAUUUUAACUUGGGAUCUCAGAUAUUGGAGUAUCACUUGUAUUAGUGAUGCCAAAAACUGUGCAAGUUCCUUUGGAGGCGAGGCAAUACACAGCCAUAGAACGCUGGAGUUCUGACAACCCUGAUAUACAAGAGCUAGCGGAUUUUCCAGCCAGUGUACUUGAACUUUUAUCUUACAAAGAGGCAGCUGUCCAUGGCUCACAAGAAGAAGCGAUGUGUCUGCAACAAGACAAGCACCAACCAAAGUGGCAGAUAUCAAAACAUCUCCAUCUGGUCCCUGGAAACACCUCUUUAAAUUGCAAUUUAAUGGUCGAAAUCGGACGGCCACAGCAGGCACGGCAACAUCAAAUGGAUUAGUAGCCAUGACAAAUUUGUGAGCAUUGGUGGCCAUUGGAAUCCAGAGACCAAAUCAAUAGGUACAGCAGGUGUUAUCUGUUUAUGCAAGGAGUAUCAGUGUGUGAAGAGGGGGGGUCAUGUUUGAAGAUAUCCUUGAGUUAGCAUCUUUGCAGUCCCAAUCGUCACUAACCUCGUUUGGUGAAAGAGAUGGCUGGAGAAUGAUUGUGUUAUGCUUCGGUAGGAUCUGAAGUGAACAGCUACGGUUGAUAGCCCUACUUAGUUCCUAUUAAAUAAUUGCAUCCCAGAUAAUUCUACUGAAGCUCUUGUGUGCGAGAUUUAGCAGUUUCCCAUCGUGAAACCCCUUCGACAAUCCAACUUGACGCCACCUCAAACCAACUCGAAAUGAAAGGUUGAAGUAAAUGUUAUUCAUUCUGUACAAGAGAUGACUUGCACAGAAAAAAUCCAGACAAUACUAGGGAGAAAAAACCUUGAGUUGGAGGAGUUUUGGUAGAAUAGAAUGUUAGAAAUGAAGGUGAACAUGGAGGGUUUGGUUGUAGUGAGUGCAAGAUCCCAUUUCGACCCUGCGACGAGGUCUACGCACCCCGCCAUCUGUGCUCCUGCCUUUCAUUCCCAUCCUGCCUGGCAAGGAGAUUGGGUUGAGCGUUUCUCAUAGAUUCAUUGUCCAUUUUCAAUGUGCACUGAAGAUAGUCACUCUUGUCAGAUCCGCAAGAUAAUACAAUGUUGCACGCCCUUGUGACAACA